AUGUGGUCAUCAACAUCAUCACCGACGAUGACUGCAUCCAACUAUUUUUCUAUCGAUCGCCUGCUGGCGUCUAACGACAAGACAGCCAAUGGUGGCAUCGGUGGCGGCGUCGGCGGAGGCGGURRUGGUGGUGUGGCCAGUCUCGUAGCCGCUCACGACCGAUACAAUCAUCACAUUGCGGCCAAUUAUCCGCAAUUGUUUUCGUCGUCGUCGGCAUCGUCCACACCGUGCGGUGCUAUGCCUUCAAGCGAUCUAUUGUUUCACAAUGUUUUUCAAACAAACGGCAACAACGGCUUGUCGUCGGCCAAAUCGAUGCCGGCUUUCGACAGCGCCGCCGCCGUCGCCGCUGCCGGACUCUAUGGCCAACCGGCCUGUCAUACGCCAGAUAUGUUGCCGUUUUGGCUGUUUUUACCACAAUAUCUAUCAAUGCAACGAUCUCUGGGCCUCUGGUCGCCGCCCCGUUCGCCCGAUUCAAGCGGCGAAACGGUAGCUUCGGGUCUAUUAAAUAGGGAAUUCAUUGGCAGUAAAAGUCAGCGGGACUUCAUUACCAGUAAUAAUAGUAGUAGGGCUGAGCUACUACACCAUCAUAACCAGCAGCAGCAGCACAGGGAUCAUCUGCGCUACAUUCGCGAAGAACCGGACAGCAGUUCCAGUCGGGACGGUUCGCGGUCGUCGACACCGCAAACAACUGAUGCCGACAAAUACACACCGCCGCCCCCGCCGCUCAUUAUCGGCGCCGCCACAGCUAGUCUUAACACUGAUGAUAAGUUAUCGCCGCCGGCGGCCAUUAUCGGUGGUGGUAUUACCACUGACCACCAGAGAAGCCAAUCGCGUAUAUCAUCGGCAUCGCAGUCGCCGACUAACCACAACGGCGACGAUGACGAUGAUGACGACCAGCUGAUGGACGACAAUGACGACGAUUGUACUAAAACUUCAUCGACGGCGGCCACCACUGGCGACAAAUCGGAUCCGAACAGUGCGGCAAACAAUCGCCGCCGGCGGACAUCAUUUUCGUCCGAACAGUUGCUGGAAUUGGAGCGGGAGUUUCAUUUGAAAAAAUAUCUGAGCCUAACUGAGCGGGCACAGUUAGCCCAUACACUAGCCCUAUCCGAGUCACAGAUAAAGAUAUGGUUUCAGAAUAGACGAGCAAAAUGGAAACGUGUCAAAGGUCAGCGAGUUGUCGGUGCCAUCGGCGGUAAUGGCGGCGGUCACGGAGGGGGCGGCGGCAGCGGCAAUGGUGGAGCGCCCGGCCAUAAGAUACAUGUGCCCAUACCGGUCCAUGUGGACAGAGUCAAGAUCAGGAGCCAACAGCAACAGCUGGAAAAAAGCGCUUCUGCCUCAAGAUUUCGACAGUUCAUCCAAAGUCCGCUCAACUUAACCGCCAAUAGCCUACUGAAACCACUGCCACCACACCAUCAGCAGCAGCAGCAGUCGUCACCAUCAAAUCACCACCAAUUGCUAGUGGCCAACAACAGUUCGGGUCAGCCAACUCUACCGAUGAUGGGACCGACACCGACCAUUCAUCAUCCGCUGAGGCCGUCAUCGUUAAGCAGUUUUGUUAAAUGGCACACAAGUUUGAUGUCAACCAGCAAUAGAUAA